CGACCUGGUAAAUUCCCAUCUCUCUUUUGAUUCAUCCCUCUCCUAGUUUCUUCAACUAGCAUUUGUCUCAACUUUUUGACUCUCUUGAGUAGAGAUCGAUGGCUGAAUUUCUCACUUUCGGUGCUCAAGAAUUGCUGAAGAAAGUGGCUUCAAUGGCCGCUCAAGAGUUCGAUCUUGUAUGGGGAUUCAAUGGAGAAAUAACAAAGCUGCGUGAGUCUGUGCUUAUGCUUGAGGCUGUACUACAAGAUGCCGAACAUCCGCAACAAGAUCAGGGAGAGGCUGUGAAGCUUUGGAUGAAGAAGCUUGAAGACAUAGCUCAACAUGCAGACGAUGUGUUGGAUGAUUAUGGAUAUGAGCUUCUCCGGCGUAAGGUGCAAUUGCGAAACCAGAUGAAGAAAAAGGUGCAAGAUUUUUUUUCCCUCUCCAAUCCCAUUAUAUUUCGUGUUAAAAUGGCACAUAAAAUUAAGAAAAUCAACACAUCUUUGGAUGAGUUGAAUAAGAAGGCAAGUGCUAUUGGCUUAGUUGCUAGACGAUCGUUAGAUGCAACAACUUCUCAUGGUAUAAGCAUUGAUAGGGAAACCUACUCUCUCUUAAAAGAAGAUGAAAACAAUAUCAUUGGAAGGGACAAUGUUGUGGCGGAUAUAGUUCAAGCCCUGACCAAAUCAAACCACAAUCUGGAAAGUGAUCUCCCAGUUUUGGCCAUUGUGGGUAUGGGAGGGCUUGGAAAGACGACUUUGGCUAAAUCAAUAUAUCAUGAAUCUGAGAUAAGUAAGCACUUUGAGAAAAAGAUGUGGAUAUGUGUAUCUACCCAUUUUGAAGUCAAUUCAAUUCUGAGAGGGAUCCUGGAAUAUCUUAAACCAGAAAAUGCUGCAGUGAAAGCUAUAGAUGCAAUAUGUAAUAUUCUCCAAGAAGAGUUGAAAGGAAAGAGAUACCUUCUUAUACUUGAUGAUGUAUGGAAUGAAGAUGCUGAAAAAUGGAAUGAUUUGAAGAAUUGUUUGCUAAGAAUUACCGAUGCCCAAGGAAGUAGCAUUGUUGUCACUACUCGCAGUGACAAAGUUGCAAAAACGGUGGAGACCCUUCCUAGGUGUGAUUUGAGAAAACUAUCAGAUGAUGAUUGUUGGCUUAUAUUGAAGAAUAAAGCAGUUCCAUUCGGAAGUGUUCCUAUACUUGAAGAUCAAGAGACAAUUGGAAGGGAGAUUGCCAAAAAGUGUGGAGGUGUACCAUUAGUGGCAAAGGUAUGUUAUAUUAUACAUUUGAAGUUUUACCGUGCUCUCUUUUUACUUUGA